CACGGGAGGGGAGGUUCGUGUCCCAUCCUCUGCCCUCACCCAAAAUGGCUGCGGGCGCGUCUGUCCAUCCCUGAGGCGGGAUUAGUGCUGAGGGCGCGGGACGCGGAGGCGGCCGCGGAUCCCUUUAGAACGCGGCUGGAGCCCGGGCAGUGCGGUUUCAUGAGUCAGACUGGGCUGUUGGGAGUUUCUUUUGAAGAUGUACAUGUUGGUUGAAAAACGCACGAGUUCCCAUCUUCAUCUAAAGAGGUCGCCUGGCAUCCGAUCCUGGUCUCUCUGUGUUGGAAUAGCCUCCAUAGGUUUGGCUGCUGCUUAUUAUAGUGCAGACAGCUUGGCAUGGAAGCUUUUCUACAUGGCUGGGUGUUUCUUUGUGGCAGCACAGAAUCUGGAGCAGUGGGAGGAAGCUGUAUUUGAUAAGAACAAGGGAACACUCUGCCUAAAAACAUUCAAUCUCUACAAGAAAUUAUUGACCUUGUCAAAAGGAGGCAAUGAACAAGUCGUGGCUAUGCUGAAUGAGAUCCGCGAUGUGAACGUGGAAGAGGAGACCGUGCGCUAUUUUGGGAAGGGUUACCUGGUCGUGCUGCGGUUUGUCACUGGAUUCUCACACCCGCUCACUCAGAGCGCAGUGUUGGGCUGCAGAAGUGAUGUGGAAGCAGUUGCCAAACUCAUUACUAGUUUUCUGGGACUGGACAGAGUAGAGACCCCACAAGAUUUCUCCCAGAGCAGCGAAACAGAGGCAAGUGAUGCAGAUGAACCACAGGUUAAAUACUGAUAGUCAUUGUGAACUGAAGCAAGCAGAGGCUUUCAAACAUCUGGAAAAUAUUCUGAUCGUUCUUCAGAAAAAGAAAUCCCUCACAGCCUUGACCUGGGCAUUUCUCAACACCUGCAUUUACAAUGGGAGGAACCUGUCGUAGGGCACAUUGUUUAGUGCUAAACUGCUUCAAGACCCUGCAUGUGGACACUGCUGGCUUUUGAGCUUUGUCAGCUCAUCAAACUUGUCUAGGAAUAGUUAUUUAUUAAUGAAUUGGCUUGAGAUAAUUGCUUUUCCAUUAAUGAAGUGAUGAUACAGAUGUGAACUUAUGCUUAUUGCAAACAUUUGCUGCAGGUACAGUAUAUGAAAUGUAGAAGAGUUGAAUUUGUAACUCAUAACACAAUGCUUUGAGGUUUUCCUUUCAAUAUAUGCAAUUAGGGGAUGCAGAUUAGUGGCACUUUUAUGUUCUCUACUACUGACUUGCCAUUGGAUAUCUGUGGAAAUUAAAGUCUGAGUGCCUCUCUUGGAAUUCUAAAUACCAGGCUGAGCAACCCGUAACCUUGUCUUAACUUAUCUCGGACUCACCAAGGAGCCAGAAAUAGUAAAGGAAAAAUGAUCUUUGGGAUGUUCUACCUUAAUCCUGUUCUGCUUAACUUCUGGGCAGGACAGAAUAAUCUUUCUCUAGACCUCAAUGUUUACUAUUGAAACUGUGUAUUUAGAAAGGAAGCAGGGACAUGUGUAACUUUAGGUAGGGAAAAGACUGAUGUCAAACAAGAUGGUAGCCUAGAGUUGUUUAGUAUUUCCUCACUUGAAAUGAUACCGAAGUGCUAAAUAAUAACUUUUUUAAGGUAGCUGGCAUAGAUUCAAUGUUUGACUUGUAGCUGUGUUUUACUCCAGGUGUGUGGUGUCCUCUGUUCUGACUGAUGAUUUCACAAAUAGUUGAAACAUAAUUUUUUUCAAGGUAUUUCUGAAGUGAAAGCUACCUCUGUUAGUCAGCAUAUUCUGUCUAGAACUAGUACUCCAUCAUGCUUACGUUAACAUAUCAGUUCAACAAAGAAAUUGUAAAAAGCUGAAAGUUCCUUCAACAUGGUACAGCUGCUUGUACUGUAGUUCACUAGGUUUUAUUUAGCAAUCUCAUGGUCUUUAGACCUGAUUUAGGAAAUAUUUACAUAGUUACUUCUAGGAGAUCUGAACAGGGUACGAGGUAACUGUGUUGUCUGCUUUCACGGUGGGCCAGCAGGAAAUGCCUCCUGGCAGCAGCCUCUCUAGGAUUUAAAAGGGCCUGUGUUCUUGUUUCCAGUCACUCUACCUCUACAGAGAGAAAGCUCUGAAAAGCUUUUAGUAGAAGCCACGUCCUGUUGUGUGUUCCAGCUUGGUCCGAAGCUGAGCACCUGCUCAUCAAAGAACAGCUUGGACCAAGAUUUCCCUUCCAGCCGUUCAGACCUAGGAUGUGAGCUGAGAGGCAAAGGCUCGGGCUGUCAGUGGGAAGGUACUCACACUGCAACAGGGAGAUGGCUGUUGAUGUAGCUUGUCUGCAGCACAGAAGUGGGUCUGUUUCCUUUAAAUAAGACAAAAAACUUGUAAUCACAUCAGGUAUCAAUACAGACCUCUGCUGUGUAUGAACGUGGGAAAAUGAGGUUGCAGGCAAUUAGCUAACUUUGCCUUUCUUCUGAAGCACAGCUGUAAGCGAAGCAUAAUCAUUAAACCUAUUCAAAAAAUACUGCAGGGUGUUACACUUGUAGAGUUGCUCAUUUAAAUCCACUGUAAUGUAUACCUCAGGUAACGCUCAUUUUAGAGAGAGGAGAAUGAGAUUUGGGAUUUGGAGGACUCUUUUUUUCCCCCCCACAGUGUAAAAUGAGAACGGUGAGUGUUCCCAGCACUUCCAGUAAGAAGUAAUGUCCUAGAGUAUGUGAUGGUAUAAUGGAAGCACGAGGGCUCAGCCUGUGGUAACUGCUGCUUUGUACCAAGGAUAUUCAGAGGGCAUUCUUGGUGUGCAUUGCACUUACUCUGUGCCCAUGGAGUGGACCAUGGAUAAAACAGACAAAACUACCUGCCUUUAGUCUUAGCUAUGCUGGCUUUCAUUUGUAUUCCCAUGAGAGCUGACAUUCCAUGGAAGAUAGAAACCACACUGUAGUUUUCCAGUUCAAAAUCAGCUUUUGAAAGGUACAUCUGUUGCUCUAACCCUGCACUGCAUCAUGUGUCGUGCUUCUGCUGAGCUAUAGUGCAUCCAGCUUGCUGUGCAUUCAUGGUGUUAGUCAUGUGUGUACUUAUGGACUAUGCAAUAUCCUCUACAAAGACUAAAACGGUGUAAGGAAAACUCAGAAUCUAUAGAAAGGGGAAUGACCUAUAGUAAGGUACAAUGUAACUUGAAAUACAUCCUGUGGAGUAAGUUGCCUGUUGAGUUGAUGUGCAGUGAUCACCUCUUUAGAGGUGCUUUCUAGUAUCCCACUCAACACCUCAGUAUCCUGCUGCGGUAGGCAGGGGGGGAUGGCUGCUGCCAUGCACUGUGUGUCUGGGAGGAAUAUUUUGAUUCCUCAGCCUUUCACUUGGAGCAGCUGGUGCCAUCCUCUCUCGUGCCAUUUCCAUUUUGCAUUUGGCAGCUGUCACUGUACCAACAAGUACAGUUUCAGUGGGAGCCUGAGUUCUGUAGUCUGAGCUAACAGGACGGGGCCCUGAGGACAUUCUGCCAGGCUCUGGGUGCUGCCUGCGGGGCUGUGUCAGGCACUGCUGGCUGAUGCACCCGGGAGCUUCCUGUGGCACUGAUCUAUCUGAGCCUCUCUGAGCUUGGAAAUGGGACACUGCACCAGUGUUAUCACAGGCUGAUGGGGUUUUCUCUUGUAUUUCUCUUGAUCCACGUUUGGAGCUUCUGCCCUCAAAAACUUUAUUGUUUGUAGUUGGAAGACAUGGCCAGAUGUGAUGCAGUAACUGUGUGCAUGUAUAAUUAACUUGCAAUUGCUGUUCACAUGGAUUUGGUUGUGGCAAUGUCUGUGCUCCUCAGCAAUGUUAUCAGCUUGAAGAACUGUGGAAAGCAGGUGCUAACUCAGGACAGGUUCCACUCUUCCUCUUUGGACAAGUCCUCUCUCAUCCUUCUCUUCUGCCACUUUUUGCCAUUCUGCCAAAGGCUUUUCUGGAUGGCUUUCCUCACUUCUCUUAGGCCCAGCAAAGUCAAAGGCCCAGGAAACAGAGCCUUACAUGUGCCUGCUGUAAAGUGACUUGUUCUCAAAGGAAUGAUGUGAAAGACUAGUUUUGGUUAGGAAAUUAGGUACUCCUAGAAGACUAUUACAGCAGAUGUACUCAUUAACUUUUGCAUUUCAGGCCAGCUAGAGACUUGUACCUGGACAGCUGUAGUUUGCUUGACUUAAAAAUUAUUUAAAAACCUGGAUAGCAGACCUUAGGUUAGAUCUAACACCCUGACCCCUAAAACCAACCCCUUCUGUCAUAUCCUUUACCAAGCUGUGUGGUAAGUGCCACUUGGCAGAUGGUUCAGCUUAUGUUUGAGCAGCACAGUGGCAGCUCCUCGCAUGGCUGUUGUGGGAUGGGAUUGUGGCCUUGGCUGCUGCAGCGAGCAAAAGCCAGAGUGCAUCUGUACAGAGGGAGAGCACUGCUUUAUGUAAGAUGCAACCUCAUAUUCUGGUACUUCACAAUGAAAUACUCCAUUCCUAGCAUCAAUUGUGCAAGUCUCAAAGAAAAGCAAAAUAUUUAUAGUUGAGCUCUGACUCUUGGACUGUAUUUAUGAAGUUACACAGAUACCAAAACCUUAGCUGGCUUACAUAAUAAAUAAAGCGUGCUAGUUCUGACAGUGUCGUAGAUUGCUGGGAGGCAAAAAUACUUCUGGAAAAUGUUUAGAAAGUGCUUUUUUUUUUUAACUUUAAAAUUGCAAGUAGAAUUUCAGCAAGGCCUUGUUGAACUGCCUUUUUUUAAAAAAUGUUCAUUGGUAAAAUCAACUUUGAUAACUUGUUUUGCAUCACUGUAGUAUUUUGUAUUGUUUUUAAUUAAAAUUAUUAAAAUAUUAA